AUGCGAAACGCCAUCAUUUUUCCUAAAAUUCUCUCUUGACACAGAUAAAAGAAAGAAACUAAUUAAAAUACUAACCAGAGCACAUGAACGGACAGUUUGAAAUUAACAAUAUAGUCCACCAUAAAAUUCCGGCGUACUGAAGACCAUGAUGAAAUUCUGCCAAAGCAGUAUGAAUAGUUUGAAAGGGAAGUUUUCCGAGGGUAAAAAAAAGAAGGGGGUGAAGGGGGUCUCCGAGAGGAGUCGCGGCCAUAUUGAAUUGAGUAACGCAAGCACGAGGCGACGCCAUUAUCAGAGGAAAUCCAAGAUUAAAAGACAACGGAAGACACCGGAAAAGGUUCAAAGAGACCAGAGGAGGGGCAGAAACCCUAAACCAUUGGUCCGGACCUGAAGUAGUCGGACCGAAAUCCACAUAGAAACAGAAACAGAAUAGCAAUACUUUUGAUAAUUGUACGGUUUUAACCGUCUUCGAAAAGGGGUUAAAAAAAUGUCAGUUCGCCGUUUGAGUGUAAUAACAUAAUGUUAUUGCGUUUCUCUGUCGAUUGCGUACGGUCCAUGUAAUCCAUUCUUCGAUUUUCAUUUUGAUCCACGAAGUUGUUAUAUGACUGUUUAAUUUAAUUAUUUUCUAUAACCAGUUUGCAGUUUAACAUUGAGUUAAACGCGACUGGUAAUCAUUGGCUGAAAAUGUUGAACAGGUAUGCACAGUGAUCGAAUUCACUGGGUGAAAAUCUGGAGCAUUAGUUAUAUUUGCAUUGUAGAAUUUAAGACAAGGAAAACAGAUGGCAAAUGUGUUCAUCAGAGAAGACAGUUGUAAAGAAAUUGAAAGUGUCGUGAUGGAGGAAUUUAAAGGGCAAAACAGUAUUGAGCCACUCUUAAAUUGUAGUCAUGCCAAGGAUAAAGAUGUUAAUGAUCAGAGGGAAAAAAGUCAAGCAGAGACUAUAGGAAUUAUCACAGAAUUGGAACAUCUGAGCAAUCAUUUAAAUGGCGCAGAGGGAAGCACUGGGGCACAAGAAAAGGAUCCAUGUUCAAGUAAAUUUCAAAAUGAGAAAUGCACGAGCGCUGUAGAGGAAUCGAAUAAUGUUUUGGUACCAAAGGAAGAAAAUGAUAACACCGGUGUAAGUAUCAGCAAAGAUGGUACUUGUAUGUUAUCUAGUGAGAAAAUUGAGUGUCGUGCAAGUGGAAGUAAAGAUGGUGAUGCGCAAGCUAAUCGAGGUCAAAGAAAUGAGACUCCUAAUUCAACUACGAGCACUGAGAACAAUGGACAGGAACACUCAAGUAAUCAGAACGAGAAGAAUGAAUCGUUGAAUAAUUCAGCUUUUGUGGAUACCGAUGGCAAUACAUCCAAAUUUAAUAAAUUAAAGUCUACGGUAAAGAGUCGUAAUUAUCGUGAUAAGAAAAACAUGAGUGACAUGAGCGAUGAUGUUGAUGAAAUGGUUGUCGAUGAUUCAGCCUCGGAGGAAGAAGCUUCAGAGAAUUCAGAAGCAGAGGGCAAUCAAAUGGUAAACGUUUGUGAUGAAAAUGAUGUUAACAUGGAUGGGGCAGAAGAUCCUGUAUCUGAUGCCGAAACAGCUAGAAAUGGUGAUAGAAAUGAGGAGCAACAAGAGCAAGAAGAUGAAGAUGACUCCAAUUCCUGGAGCACUUGUGAAAUGGAAGAUGAAAUAUAUUCUGACAUCGAGGAUGUGAAGAAAGUACUGGAUAAAGAAAAGCCAAAAGAACAAUAUCGUGUUAUUCCAGAAUUUGUCAAUCGACAGAUGGGAUUGAAUCCAUUCUUUGAACGUCGUUUUUAUGGAUCGAUUCAUGUUGUGCAACACCUAGAAUUAAUGUACAAGCUCAAUAAGCAUCAGGGUUGCGUAAAUGCCUUAGAUUUCAAUGCAAAAGGAAAUUUGCUAGUCAGUGGAUCCGAUGACUUGAAAAUCAACAUUUGGGAUUGGGCAAUUGGAAAAGAUCGGUAUAGUUUUGACAGUGGUCAUCGAAACAAUAUAUUCCAGGCAAAAUGGAUGCCACUUGAACCAGAGUACUUUAUAGCAACAAGCGGAAGAGACAGACAGAUUCGUUUACUGGAUAUUCGUAGGGGUACAUCUCGUAAACUAGGAUCUCAUUGCAAGCCAUGUCAUAAGCUUGCCGUUCAUCCGGAAACCCCUCAUUUGAUACUCUCUGCUGGAGAAGAUGGAAAGAUAUUGUCAUUCGACAUACGUCAAGAACAACCUACUCUAGUAACGAUAGUCCGAGACAACAUAAAAGUAGUACGUCUGUUUAGUAUACAUUCGCAUCCGUUAGACAGUAAUCAAUUCUGUGUUGGUGGCCAGUCGGCGUUUGUCUCUAUUUAUGACAGACGAAAAUCACUUGCACCUGUUUCUGACGUAAGACCAAAUCAUUUGAUAAAUUGUGCCAGGAAGGACUGUGCACAUGUAACAUGCGCAGUUUAUAAUUACAAUGGAUCCGAGAUUCUUGCAUCCUACAAUAAUGAAGAUAUUUAUUUAUUCAAUACUAGUUCAUUACAUCCUGUUAUUGAUUAUGUUUAUAGAUACAAAGGCCACAGGAACUGUGCAACCGUGAAGGGAGUAAAUUACUUUGGUCCAAAAAGUGAAUUUAUCAUUUCUGGAUCGGAUUGUGGAAACGUUUUCAUGUGGGAAAAACAUACGGAAGCAAUUGCACAGUGGAUGUCUGCCGAUGAAGAAGGAGCGGUAAAUUGUUUGGUGACACACCCUCGUGUUCCUAUUUUGGCUACCAGCGGUUUGGACUAUGAUGUAAAGAUAUGGAUCCCUUCCAACGAAUCUCCAUCCAGCAUGCAGGAUUUAAAAGUAAAUCAUAUACAUAAUAUUAGAAGAAGAACUGAGGAGAGAGAUCGGAGACGUAUUCAGUAUAAUAUGCAAUGGCUGCGCAUGAGACAAUACAGCGAAGCAAUAAGAGAGGUACGGCAAAGGAGUCGUUGGAGGUUUAGAAAUGAAGAUGAAGAUGAAAGCGAAGAAGAUACAUCAACCGAAGACGACUUGUAAAGUCACAGUUAAAACCAGUCACGUGUUGAUUGUGCAGGUAGGACAAUGUGUUCCCUGUCUUAAAUAAAACCUUCGCCAUUAUACUUUCAUACAAACUAUUGGUCGAUAUAAUUUACAAUAUUGUCACAGCUGAAACUAAAUCCUGAAGAGUUGAACAAGUUUUACGGUGUAUUUGUACAGUAGAUAUAACGUUUCUACUUAUUAACCGGAAAUAGAAGCUAAAAGUUCUAAACAAUAACAGGCAGUGUUUUGUGCAUUGUAGUCAAUCUCAUCAAGCGAAUUGUAUGCCAGCUUCGAUGAUAAAUUGAUUAAUUUCGUUGAAGUAAAAGAUUAUUCAGGUAGCAUAUACUGUUAAUAAGAAAAAAGGAAAAUAAAUUAUAAUUUUACUUGUUAA